UGAUAAUCUUACACAAACACAAGAAAUACUGAUGUUCAUUAUUCAGUAACUACUUUCAGUGUUUCAUAAACGUUAGCAUAACGUCGACUUUAUAUUCCUUCGUAAGUUAGACGAUAAUAGAUAUUAUAGUAUUUUAUUAAAAUAUUAAUUCUAAUAGUUUCAUUCAAAAUGAAGAGUCUUAAAAGUUUACAAUGUAUAUUUAUGCUAUUUAUUUUAUGCAUUGUGCGUUUGGGAUGCUGCGCACCGCAGGAUAACGAUGAAGUGACCACUAGUAAUCCUCCAGAUGAUCAAUCCAAAAGCAUUGAAACAUAUUCAGCAGCCGAAAUGUGCAGCAGUUACUCGGAGUUUAUUUACAAAUAUAUAAAGAAUUCAACAUUAUCUGAUGAUAAGGAUAUAUUAAUCAAAUGUAAAGAUUGUCAUAAUAAUGCAAUAUCAAACACGCCUGAAGUGGUGCCAAAUGUUAACGACGAAAGGACUGCACCAAGAGAAUUUUUGCACGUGGCUUUGUUGGGUGACAGCAAUGGUAUUUGGCUUUAUAGUGGAUCAUUGAUCAGCAACAGAUGGAUCUUGUCCGUGGCGCACUUUGAAGGAAUAUUUGACAACUUCACGCGCUGGGCGCGUCUAAGAGAUCCGAACUAUUUGUCGGAAACCGACGAUGCCACACCAAUGGACUACCAAAUCGAUCAAAUUGUAGUGCACCCGGAUUUUCAAAUACCGUCAUUGUACAACGAUAUAGCGUUGUUCCAUUUGGACCGGGACGUGAAGUUUUCAGCGUACGUGCAGCCCAUUUGUCUUAAUGCAGAUCCAAACUGGCAGUCGACUCACUCACAGGCUGUGAUAACACCUGGUUGGGGACGGAUUCAAUACGGUGGACCAUGGAAAUGGGAUGCAUUGAAUGCAUUCAGUUCAGGUCUGUUGAAGGUUAAUUCGGACAUCGUCUCGGCGGACUUGUGCAAGAGUGAUUACUUUAUUUCGUCUAGUACGCCCCAGUUGAUGCAAGGAAUAGUUGAAGACAGCAUGCUAUGCGCGGGCGUCGAUGGCGAAGAAGACUCUUGUGUGGGCUUCGGUGGCAGUUCACUUCAAAUUGCGCACGCCAAUUACACGUUCAUGUACACGCAAGUAGGCGUCUUAUCGGCCGGUAAGGAGCGGUGCGCCACGAAAGAAUUUCCAUAUUUUUACAUGAGGGUGUCCAAGUAUUUGCCGUGGAUCGAACGAAUCGUUUGGCCCAAGUCUGGCUGAAAUCAUCACACCCAUAUUAUGGAUGAACAUCACUUUGCAUUGUAGUCACGAAUAAAUAUGAAAAAUUUUAAUAAAGGUAGCAGCUUUUAAAUAUGAUA